UUGACCAUCGGGGAGCUGCUCGGGCAAGGGUCUUUCGGAGAGGUCAGACGAGGCGUAUGCAAGGGCAGGCCCGUGGCCGUCAAGACGCUGUGCCCCAAGCUCGACGUGCGGUCGAGGGAAGGGAAGGAGCUGCUCAAGGAGAUCGAGAUGAUGAGCCAUGGCUUCAAGCACUGCAACGUGGUGGAGUUCUACGGCAUCUACGAGCACGGCGGGCUGCCAUGGCUGGUGAUGGAGCUGAUGCCAGGAGGGAACCUCGAGCACUACUACGAGACCAAGAAGCAGGCGCGACGGAGCCGGCAGUGGCGACCGAGGAUCAGCAGGGCAGUGUCGUGGGUAGAGGACAUCCUGAGCGCCUUGACGUACCUGCACUCGCAGACGCCUCCUGUAUUUCACCGCGACAUCAAGCCAGCCAACAUGCUGCUCUCUGCUGACGGCCGCUCCAUCAAGGUCGGAGACUUCGGGCAGGACCAGCACCCUGCUGGGAGCGAGCCGGGCUACAACCUCACGGGGACGACAGGGACGUUCCGGUACAUGGCUCCGGAGAUCUACCGAGGAGAAGCCGACUACACGGCGGCAGUGGACGUGUACUCCUUCGGGCUGUUGAUGUGGUUUAUCUUCGCCGGAGGCCAUCCCUUCAGCAACAUGGACGGCCAUGCAGUUGCCCAGCUGGCGUCGACGUACGGCUACUUCCGGCCGCUGGAGCUAAAGGAGCGCAUGAUGCCCAGGAAGCUGGGAGACAUGAUGAAGCGAUCAUGGGCGAUGAAGGCAGAGGAGAGGCCGAGGGCGGAGGAGCUUCUUUGUGAGGUAGAA